UUUUUUAACAGACCACUGUUUUGACAUCAGCGAUGUUUAAAGGAAUUUGAUCUAAUGACCUCUCUGACCUGUUCAUGUCGUUUGAAGGAUUUAGCUGUAAACAAAAGAGCAUCUAAAGCGUCACAAACAUGUUUACAAUAGACAAUGGGGUUUUCCCAGCUCAGCUAAUUUCUGUAACGUUUUGCUAACACAUUCGUCAGGCACUUUAAUGCAUUUAUGGUUUAGCUGGGAGCAUAAGUAGUUACGGGUGCCUUAUUGUUUAAAAAGGUUUUAGAUUAGACAUCUAGAAGAUUAAAGCAGUAAUAAAGCAUCAAGUUCACUACUUAGAUGAUUUUAGAAACCUCAUUACCCACUUUAAGCACAGUUGCCCUGCCUGUAUUAGAAAUGUAUUAAGCCUUUUCAUAGAAAACAUGAAAACCUGCUCUGUAAAACGUUGGAAUCUGAUAAGCAGAAAUAAGAUGGGCCCAGAGCAAAUUUGACCCAAAAGCCAGAAAAGCAUUGAAAAAAAAAAUCAUUUUGUGUUUUUAAAAUAGAAAUAAAAGUUCUACGAACCUAAAGGGGCAGUGCCGUUUAGAUCUUCCUUGAUCUACAGGUGUCCUCUUUUUCUUCUGUCUCUUGACGAAAUGAAGGUUUGCAACUCAAAAUGGGAGGUUUUAAUCUGUCUACCAAUAUUACAACCCUAAUCCACCUCGGGGGAUGUUCAGAAUAUUAAAACCAACAUACAUUUUAGGAGUUAUGUUAUAUAGCAAAGAAAGCGGCUGUGCGCACAGAACACUUCCUCCGAAUGGCAAUCAAGUUUUCUGCUAACCUGAAGAAUAUUGUUCAUCACAAAAUGAUGCAGAUGAUAGCAAAUCGACGUUUGGCCGUUUGCGCAAAACUUUGCUUGUAUUUAAUGCACUGAAUGCGUUUGACCAGUCUACACGAGGACUGCGACGCACACCUUUAAAACAACAACAAAACAUUUUCUUCCGAAUGUUCUUGUUCAGAUGCAGUCAGAUGUAGUCUAAAAUGCUGAUCAUAAAUCCCAGCUCUGAGACGCGACCACUUUCCAGCUGACGUCUGCGUAAGAGGAGGAGUUUGGGAAAAGUCACUCAGCAUCAUUUUUUUUUUAACAUAACUCAAGCAGCUCACUCUCCAAGUCCAGGCUCACCAAACGCAUACAGUUUUCUCACAGUUUUCCUGUUUUCCAGAACGGGUCGGAGGGUUUCAGCCGAUCAGAUGCGCAAUGACGGUAAAAAAUCCCGCCAUGCCAGAGAAAUGCAUUCGUGGAUAAUUCAUGGAUAUUUAUCCAAGAGGUGCUACAUUGAGGAACAUUUGGAAGAGGAGACGCAUUUUUUCACAUGGGCAAACGCGCCAUCUCUCCUGACUUCGCCCGCGCAGCUGAGAACUGCCUGGGUUGUAGCCUAAGUUUGGUGGGAACAGCUUCCGAGCUUUCCGAGUGUUUGAUUUCCUCCCUGAUUAGACACAUUUGAGACGGCGGAUGUGGAAGCAUUGAAACUUUGCCACUCCGGGUUGUCCAGGUAAGCUGAAAUCCGCUCCGCAUUACGCACACCUCGGACAUGGAUGUCAACAGCACCCUGCGCUAUCUCCACGCGGAGUUCAACCCGCUGACUGAGAUCAUGGACGACAACGAAACGAACUCCACGCGCGGAGAGCGGAACUCGCUCAGCUGCGUCCAGAUCCGCAUCCCCCAGGAGCUUUUCCUCACGCUGGGAAUCAUCAGCCUGGUGGAGAACAUCCUGGUGAUCCUGGCGAUCAUCAGGAACCGCAACCUGCACUCGCCCAUGUACUACUUCAUCUGCUGCCUGGCCGUGUCCGACAUGCUGGUGAGCGUCAGCAACGUCACCGAAACCGUCUUCAUGCUCUUGAACGACCACGGCCUCCUGACCUUGCACCCAGGCAUGCUGCGCCACCUGGACAACGUCAUCGACGUGAUGAUCUGCAGCUCCGUGGUGUCCUCGCUCUCCUUCCUGUGCACCAUCGCGGCGGACCGCUACAUCACCAUCUUUUACGCGCUGCGCUACCACAGCAUCAUGACCACGCAGCGCGCCGUCGCCAUCAUCGCGGUGGUGUGGCUGGCCAGCUUCACCUCCAGCAUCCUCUUCAUCGUCUACCACACCGACAACGCCGUCAUAGUGUGCCUGAUCACCUUCUUCUGCAUCACCCUGGUGUUCAACGCCGCGCUCUACCUGCACAUGUUCGUGCUGGCCCACGUGCACUCGCGGCGCAUCACCGCCUUCCACAAAGGCAGGCGGCAGUCCACGAGCAUGAAGGGGGCGAUCACGCUCACCAUCCUGCUCGGAGUCUUCACUCUGUGCUGGGGACCUUUCUUCCUCCACCUCAUCCUCAUCCUGGCCUGCCCCACCAACCCCUUCUGCAACUGCUUCUUCCGGAACUUCAACCUCUUCCUCAUCCUCAUCAUCUGCAACUCCCUCAUCGACCCGCUCAUCUACGCGUACAGGAGCCAGGAGCUGCGUAAAACCCUGCGGGAGCUGGUCCUGUGCUCCUGGUGCUUCGGCAUAUAGCAGCCAUACGUAUCAGGGGGUAAACGAGGGCAAAUUAGGGUUCCCAGGCGAGCUUUUGUCUUUAGAACUGCCCCGCGAAGCUGAAAUAAGCCGUGGACAUCAAGAUUUAUUACUGCGCGGGUUGAUCCACGAGCUGCACAGCACCUAGGCGAUUAACGCGGAAUCUAAUAAAGACAUUCGCUUAAAGCCAGUAUGGAGUUGGGAUAGGUUUGAUCUGGAGAUGGUCCCUAUUUGCUGAGACUCGAGGACGCUCGUUGUCCAACACUUUCCAACUCCAUGACAGGAUCCUCUCAGGUAACACGAGAGCUCAUCUGUCCGUUAUUGAGUCGCUGAACACUGGACUUUUUAACUUACAGACAUUUUCUAACUGUCUUCCCAUCAUUACUGUAUGAUUGUGACGUGCAGUCCUAUUAGUAAAAACUGAUCCUCAGAUGAAAGGUCGCAGAUGUUUAGAAUUUAGACGAAUAAUAAGCGCCUUGGUACUUUAAUGUGAUCAUCAGUCCCGACAAUACGUCAAUUUAUACCCGCUUUGACAAUUAAAGUGAUUUUCUAUCUGCUGCAAUGAAAAGCGGUUUUUGGACUCUGUUAAAGAAAUUUCUAUCAGGUGUAGCUCAUAGUUAUAUAGGAUCAUAAUCUGCCAUAUUUGACCUCGCCGGUACAAACGGGUCUCAGAAGCGCAAAAACAGAAAAGAAUGUAAGGAUUGUAUAAUAAUAAUAAUAAUAAUAAUAAUAAUAAUAAUAAUAAUAAUAAUAAUAAUAAUAAUAAUAAUAAUAAUAAUAAUAAUAAUCCCACUACUGCUGCUAAUACUAAAAAUAUAUGUAAGGGGGUGGGGUGGGGGGAGAAAUCACAUGAACAGCUCUCUGCCUGAGGCUCGUGGCAUGAGACGUUUUAUAAAAGGAAGCAUAUCAAAAUUUGGCUUGAUGUAUUUCUGGCGACGUAAUUCUGAGAAAUCUAAAAAGAAGCGAUUUGGAGUCAUGGAAUAUUAUUAUUAUUAUUAUUAUUAUUAUUAUUAUUAUUAUUAUUAUUAUUAUUAUUAUUAUUAUUAU